AUGCCCUGUUUUUUUUUUCGAAUCGUUUUUUUCCGCGAUGCCGUUAUCCGCGCUGGCGUCAACCGCGCUGAGAGCUCGCCCCUCCUCCUAUCUUGUCCUCAGUCCCCCUUUUUCUUAUCUCCUCUUCCUCCUUCCCAUCCGCUCCGCUUCUUCGCAUCCCCUUCCCUUCUUCCCAUCCCUUCCCCUUCUUCCCAUCCACUCCCCUUCUUCUCAUCCCCCCUUAUUCUUCCCAUCCCAUCCCCUCCCCUUCUUCCCACCCCCUCUUAUUCUUCCCAUCUCCCCUUCUUCCAAUCUCCUCCCCUUCUUCCCAUCCCCUCCCCUUCUUCCCAUCCCAUCCCUCCCGUUAUUCCGUUCCCCUCUCCUUCUUCCCAUCCCUUCCCCUCCUUCUCAUCCCCUCCCCUUCUUCCAUUCCUCUCCCCUUCUCCCCAUCCCUUGCCCUCCUCCCCAUCCUCCCCCUUCCUCCCACCUUCUCCCCUUCGUCCCAUCCCCUUUCCUGACUCCAAUCUCCCAGUGUACACCAUCCGCACACCUGAUCACCCCUUUCUUUCCUUCCCCAUCGUUCUCCACCUCCUCGCUUGCCGCCUAUCGUCCACCCCUUCUCGCACCCGCCACUGCACGUAUUUCAUCAGUCUAUCUCCACUCCCCAACGCCUGCUGGCACGCUGUCUUCUCUGCACUCUCCUGCACCCCCCUCUCUCCCCUGCGACUCCUGAUGUUCGCCUUGCGUUCCCCAGUCCCUCCCCUUGCACCCCACCAAUCUCUCCCCCCUGUGCGCUCACCGAUCCCUCCCCGUGUCACAGCCGCCAAUGUGCGCACGUACUACCAGCAGUAUGAGGAGGAGCAAACGCAAUCCCUCAUAGACCAGCGAAUCCGCGACCACCUCGGCUCCGUCCCCAUCGGCUCCGGCCUUCCCAUCGGCGCCGCCGCCGCAGCAGCAGCAGCCGGAGGCGGGGCCGCCCCCGGAGGGUUCCCGCAGCAGCUGCUGCGGCCAGGCAUGCCCCCCAUGGGCCUCCCUGGCAUGCCGGGUAUGCCAGGGAUGCCGUUUGGCAUGCCGGGUGGUGCAGGGCGGGGGGCGGUGCUGCCGCUGCCAGGGCAGUUCUUUGGUGCGUCGGGCAUGCGGCCGCCCAUGGGUGGCAUGGUGCUCAUGCGCCCCUCGAGAUGA